UGCAGUACUUUAGCGCCGAUCUGACAUUCCUCGCAAAGCAGCAAUUUAAAAUCCUUGAAUUCGUACACGUGUCGCGGAUUCUGGAAAGUACCUCGCGAAAUGUUUCUUUUUUAAACUUUUAUGGCUAGGAGUAGGGACUGGGGCUCAUAGUAACAAUUUUUUUGUAAUGACUAAUUUUGUCAUACGUCGAAGCGGAGUAUCUUUUCCCAAGAAUAUUUUAAUCCAGGACGGCGCCUGCAAUAAGCCGCUCGAUGCUAACAAGGCUCUGUUGAAAGCCCUGGGAGCCACGGGCGCAGGCGCGGUUAUCGUUGGUGCCGUGACCGGGGAGGUCAACACUACAUGGGGCCGGGCAAAAUCACAAAACAUCAUCCAGGAUCAGAGCCAGACAUCUUUCAUAAAACAACAGCAAACAAAUCAACUGACAGUUCAUGAAAAAGUGACAAGUUUGACGACUGAAAAACAACGAGAACCAGAUCAAAUAUCUUUCGAAGAAAAUGGAGCCGGUCCAGUACCUAUCCAGGAUGGUAAGUAUCAAGCACGGAGCCAGAAAAGCAUGAGUCCGAGGAGUGCUCAGCAGCGCAGUGAUCUGCCGAAACCUUCACCGGUCAGCGGUGCUGCCACUUCGGAUCCAAAUCAACAGCUAACUGGUGGUGGUGCUCCCACUGCAGCCGCGGUCGCUAUUGGGACCGGUAGUACCACCGAAACCGCUCUAACGGCGGUGACGCUGCAUCCCGACAAUGAGGCCGCCACCACGAUCUGUGUCGACGAACAGCAGCAGAAAAGUGCGCCAUGUAUAGAUGGAGACCAAUGUCAUGAAGAAAACAGCAAAGACUGGUUCUUCAGCAAAGCUGAAGAACCAUCCCACGCGAUGCAUGGAAGCCUACCGGAGGGCCUAACAACGGCAGUGGGGCCAGUCCCAAAUAAAGGCACAGAUGGCGUCAUGACUGACAACGCCCAUUCAGCUCAGCCUGAAAAAAACGACACUCUGGACCGAGAGUUCAUCCAGUCUACCGAAGGGAUUGAUGAUUUCAAUCAAAGUGAAACAGGUUUGGCCAGUCCGUCCCUUAGUGUCUCUUCUAUCAUUGUCUGUACUAAAAAACCAAAGGUCGAUGCUGUUCAAGCUUUCACAAGCAACACGGAAGACGUGCAACAUGUACCAGGCAGACUGUCUAAUGCCUCGGCUUCAGUCAGCACAGCCGAACUGAGACCUGUGAAUAAGAAUGAAGCCAGAGAAGAAGCCGACACCCUACACAUUGUAUCAACGAAAAAGAGAACCCUGCAAAUAACGCCAGGGUAUGACAAGUUUCCGAAGAUUGUUGCAACAACUGAAGUUGGAAGACAGAUAAGCCUUGAUCGAACAAAAGUUGGAAAGCCAACUGCACAUGAAGACGACAAUGGCACACAUUAUGCUCUGUUUGACGCUGGUCAGAAAUUCCAAGUCCGAGAACCAGGUGAUCCCAUGGAGAAGUGUGAAGACAAUCUAUUGGGUACGCACGAGUUCGCCACCGAGGCGGCUUGUGGUUCAAGCACCGAUGUCCAGGAGAAGAUAGAUAGCUGCCAGUCAUCAAUCGCUAGCGUGAACGAGGAACUUGUCUUGGAUGUUGACAGAAUCUCUAUCGGAUCUCACGUUUGUCAUGCAAUCACGACGUCUGGUCUGGACCGUGGUAUAAAUGACACUAAUGGUAAUACUAUGUUGUGUUCUAGUGAUGUCCGGGGUGAAAAAACUAGCGGAGACACUCCACCUGAUGUAGCUGUCACCAGCAACCUCCAUGCGGAAUCAACCAGUGAUUGCAGUCACACCGAGCAAGAGGCGGUACCUAUUUUGGGUACAUAUUUCUUUAGAACAAGCAGUUCAGGACAAAGGUUACCGGAAAACUUUCCGGAACCAGAUAGAUCGAUUAGCGAAGGGCAGGGGUGGGAAGUCCAAUGUGAAAGGAAAUGUAAUGCUGCAGUUUUCUGCGACAACUCGAACGGUGCAAAACCUAUUGAAAAUGAGGAUAUAGCACAGAACGUUUCAGAGCGAACCGAAGACUUUGACUUUGAUCCACUGACGAGUCGGUCGCUUAUUUUUCCAGAAGAACUGGAAGAACGCUCUUCACAGCUUUCAGAAAAACCAAGCUCACCGUUCCCAGACUUUGAUGAGAGUGAUGGCACCACCACCACCGCACCGUCAUUCAAUGAGAUGGAGCAUACACUGAGUGAGACUGAUCGGGUCAUUACACAAGAAGUGCACGUGACAACGUCACAUGAUAUCAAAAGUCCUUCGAAUGAGUCUUACAGUGCGGCAGAGGGAGAUGAAAUAGUAUUCCAGACACAUAGCAUGGCAAAUGAUGUAAAUACUCUCAUAACAACAGCUAAAGAGGAUGAGAAAGGAAAUAAGGAACCUUCAUAUUGGUUAGGUUCAUCUCGUAUGACGCCUGCAGUACAAGCAAGGAUGCAUGAAGAAAUGAAAAGUGGGUAUGAUGCACAAAUUGUUACCCAAGAUGAGUUUUUCCAAGAUGAUUCCGAAAAGUUUUCUCCCGAAACAAGCACACUGGAAACAAUUGGUUUUCAACCUAAAUUGAAAAAUAUUGAAAAGGCAUGUGACGUAGGAGGUGAAGGAAAAAAGUUUGAACAACCGCCUUGCAACGCUGAAGAGCACGCAGCGACCAAAAUCCAAGCUGGUAUUCGUGGAUGGCAGACACGACGGAAAAUCCAUCGCCAGCAAGCAGCCGCCACUAAGAUUCAAGCAGGAUUCCGUGGCUGGCGAAAGCGUAGAACACAUCGUAUGCGUCACAUCUCCUUGUUGCCGAAUGUCUCGAGCGAUGGAUCCCCCGCCUCCGGUAGGCCAUUUAUGGACGUAAACACGCUUAGAGAACGCGCCGCCGCUAAGAUCCAGGCUGGCUACCGCGAUUGGCGCACCCGCCAAUGUGUAAAGUCGCUGAUGGCCGCCAACUGUCCGUUGGGUGCGUCCGGCGUCAGUCCGGCCAUCUCGAUAACUGAGAGCGGGGACGAGGAGCAGGCAGCCUCGCAUAUACAAGCUGGUUACCGCGGCUGGAGGGCACGUCGCACACUAAAACACUCGCUGUCAGAUCCCAACAGCGAGGCACUGGCGCUCGCUAAGAACCUACAGCCGAAUUCAGUGUCUAAGGUGGGCGCUAGCUCCGACUGGGCCGCCAUUCAUAAUAGCCUGACGCUACCAACGGAGGUCGUGACACCAGGGAUUGAAGACGAGACGCCGUAUUCUGCCCAGACCAUUUGCUCUGAGGUCGUUACUGGAGGUGGCACGUCGCGGCUGGAGCAUGGGGACAUGACGUCACAUGUUGUUCAAGGCUUGUGCGAUAACAUGUUUACUUCUUCAAUUACCGAACCUUUUUCAGCCACUAAAACUGCAGGUGACACGCCUCAAACAAAUAUGAAAAGGACAGAAAACUUGGUAUCGGGGCAGCUGGCUGCCACAACAUCUUGCAAUGAUUCCCUGCAGGUGCGCCCCACCGUGUCAGCGAAGUCGGUGAUGGACAGCGGCGCGCUUCCAAUCGACUUCGCUAUCGUGCACAGGCCCGAGGACGACUGGUUGACGCAGGACCUGAUAAAGAUCGAGGCUGAGAAAUCUGUCACCAGCAGGCGAGACUGUUUCUCUCGCGAGACUGACGAGAAAGUGGAUGCCUCGACAGGAGAAGAGCUUGACACCAAAAACGCUAAUGACACCCUGCCCGGCAGCGCUUCAACCACGGGCAGCUCCUCCAGCUGGCUGGCACAUGCACAAACGGAAAUACAGGCUAGCUUUCAAGGCCUGCGUGAUAACGUGAACGACGCAUUGAGGACGGUGGAGGACACUGCCCGUCUGGUGCAGGAGAACGACGUCACCUUGGAGAAUGUAGCAACGACCGACAGAGACUGCAAAUGCCGGAGCGUCAGAAUUUGAAUUUGGCAUGCAGUACUCAGUAAUAUCGCCAGCCUUACGUUAUGGGUGCCCGGUGUGCUUUUUGAAGUUGACAACUCACGACUUGAUUCGUGACAGGCGACUGCAAUCAAAUUUGCGCUGUAUUUGCCUUGCAUAGCGUCCCAUACAGCUUUACUGGAGGCGCUGCGGAUUUCGAGCGUGCAUAAUGUUCUUCGCCGUGCUUUGUUCAAUACAUUUCAGAUUUCA